AUGACUUCGUGGGCCGCGCAGCAGCAUGCUGCCACCGCUCUCUCCUUCAUCGGGUUUGUUCUGGUUAGCAUUCCCCUCUACUGGCACUUGGAAGCCUGGAACGUCGGCUGUGUCCUCUACAUCUUCUGGUGCGGCACCCAGUGCCUCAUCCAGUUCAUCAACAUGUCCGUCUGGCGGGACAACGUCAUCGUCUGGGUCCCGGUCUGGUGCGAUAUCGUCACCCGCUUCCGUCUUGCGUCGAGCAUCGGCAUCUGCACGGCCUCGCUCAUCAUCAAUCGCCGCCUGUACAAGAUCGCGACCAUCUCCACCGUGUCGAUGACGAACAGCGACAAGCGGCGGAUGAUUUGGGUGGAUCUCGCCAUCGGCCUUAUUCCUUCCAUCGUGAACGUCGCGCUCUUCUGGUUUAUCCAAGGCCACCGUUUCGACAUCUAUGAGGGCUACGGGUGCACCUUCGAGAUUGCGAACACCAUCCUCUCCUACUUCCUGCUCACCUCCUGGCCGAUAGUCAUCGGUUGCAUCUCGGCAGUGUACUGCGCGCUGACCCUGCGCGCGUUCUUUAAGCGACGCAGGCAGUUUGGCGAGCUCAUGUCGAAGAACAAGAACCUAACGUUCCACCGGUACCUGCGGCUCAUGGGCCUCGCGGCAAUCGAGAUCGUCUGCACCGUCCCGCUCGCGUCGUGGAACCUGUACAUGCAGUCGCGCAGCCCGCUGUACGAGUGGAAGGGUCUGGCGGACCUCCACUACGACUUCUCGCGCGUCGGCCAGUUCCCCGCGAUCAUCUGGCUGAACAACCCGUUCACGAAGCCCGCGAUCAUCUUCGACAUCUGGGACAUCAUCAUCUGCGCGUUCAUCUUUUUCGCGUUCUUUGGCUGUGCGGAGGAGGCGAGGAAGCACUACUCGAUAGCGGCGACCACUGUUGCGAAGCGCGUUGGCCUGUCCACGAGCUGGCUGUCGCGCUCCACCAUCGAUGGCUCCUAUGGUCUCAAUGGCUCGAAGCCGACCACCAGCGCUGUUGGCCGCAUCACCAUCCCGACGUUCGUACAGCGGAAGCGGCGCCCGUCGUUCGACUCGUUCUCCGACCGCCUCUCGACGUCGAUCUCCAUCGGCGAGGAGACGCCGAUCGACGACCUCAAGGUACCCUACUCGCCCUCGCAGCACUCCGCCGGCUCGAGUACGUACAUCUCGUCACCUACGUCCGCGAAGGACAGUCCGAAGACGCACGCGUUCGUGUUCCCCCCGCCGCCAGCACCUCCCGCGCGCGUGCACGACCCGGCCUCGCCGACGCGCGCGACCCCACCGGACGUCCCCGCGUCCGUGCACGACAACACCCUCGACAUCGUCUGA